UGUUGCUUCGUUUUCAGAUAUCAAAAUGAGGAAACCAAAAUUCAAUGCGUAUCGAAGCGGUCGUUUACCUACCUGAUAUUGUUUGCCGUAUUUGUAUUAAUGUUUACAAUGAAGUUUAACUUGUUCGAAAUAGACAUAAAAGACUUGUCUGGUGACUACGAAUCGAAACAUUCGGCAUUUCUUGUUGAUUCGAAUUUUUGUCGGAUACCCAAUAUGGAUCCGUUUGAAUCUUCACUGAAAUCCUUUUUCCACAUAAGCAAAUGGGAAGCUUGUCCAAGUAAAUCUCUUGCGUUUCAAGACGGAAAUGUUUUACGUGUUAACCACAGUGUUAUCAAAAGAUGGUAUAACAACACAUUUAAAAUAUGUCACGUUUUGCCUAUUGUACGAAGCAAUAUUGACGACAAACAUAUCAUUUAUAAAAAGAAGUUUUUAGAAUUUAAAACGGACAUCUUAAUACCUCACGAUUACAUCAAAGUGAAGUGUUACAAUAACCGUAACAGAGUAAUUUUUACCAAUUACCAUGCUUUUAUUCAGAAGAAAAUAACAUCAGAAAUGAACCAUACAAACAGUAAUUCUGUGUUUAAAUUAUUAAAAAACAACCUGUAUUCAGCAAGGACGAAAUUUCAUAUGGACGUCAUGUUACUUGGUAUUGAUUCUGUAUCACGGUUGAAUUUCAUGAGACAGCUACCGGAAACACGACAGUAUCUGUUGCAGAAGGACGCCAUUGAAAUGAACGGGUAUAAUAAGGUUGGUGAUAAUACGUUGGUGAAUUUGGUACCAUUGCUGACCGGAAAAUAUCUUGAAGAUUUACCAUGGAGCGAAUCUUUAAGAAAACUCCCUUUUGAUAAAUAUGAUUUCUUGUGGAAAAGAUACCAUAGAAAUGGUUACAGGACAAUGUUUGCGGAAGAUGGACCUAUUUUAGCUACAUUUAAUUGCGUCAAAUUUGGAUUUAAGGUACAACCCACGGAUCAUUAUCUUCGACCAAUUACUUUAGCAUUCGAAAGGGAUAAUUCAGUCUGGUCGAAGCGGCGGAGAUGCGUUCGAGAUCGUAGUAUAACAGACAUGGUGCUACAAUAUACUUAUGAUUUUGUUAGAACCUAUAACGACACACCACAUUUUAGUUUAUCAUUUAUAACCUCCCUCACUCACAAUAAUAUGAACAAUGCAGGUUAUAGCGAUCUAGAAUACCAAAGGUUUUUCCACAGACUUUUCAAGCAUCAGCUCAUAAACAACACUUUUGUGAUAUUUUUUUCCGAUCAUGGCAUUAGGUUUGGUUCGUACAGAUCAACAUAUCUCGGUAAAUUGGAAGAAAGACUUCCAUUUAUGUUCCUUAUUCCCCCUCCUUGGUUCAAACAGAGUUUUCCACACAUGUGGAAUAAUCUUAAAUUGAACUCGCAUCGCUUAACAACACCGUUCGAUAUUUACGAAACUCUGGUAGACAUACUGGAUAUGGAGAAAGCAAUGAAAAGAGACCACAAUGAAGAAAUUGAGUCGACGCAAAGGAAACGAAUUAGUUUGUUUCGAAAAGUGCCACUGAGUCGUACAUGUGAGGAGGCGACAAUUUUAUCACAUUGGUGUACAUGCCAUGAAUCCAAACCUGUAAAAGUUAAUGACAGUAUCGUCACCAAAGGAGCGCAGUUUUUAGUCAAAUGUAUAAAUAAGAAAACAUCGCAGCUACGUAACUUAUGUGAUCAACUAGAAUUGGUCAGCAUCAAAGACGCUGUCACCAUGACAGCCAAAAAUAACUUAUUGAGAUACGUUAGGAAUAAGAACUCUGUGAUCAACCACCAUGUUGUGUACGGCAAUAAAGUGAAUACUAUUAUCAAAGAUUACCAACUGACGAUACAGACUAAUCCAGGUGGGGGUCGUUUUGAAGGAACAGUGAGGUAUGAUAGCAAAACAAAACAUUUCAGUCUUUUAGGGGACAUCAGUCGAACAAAUAAGUAUGGCGAUCAAGCCCGGUGUGUUUCAAGCGCAAGAAAAUUCUGUUUCUGUCGAUCCAAUACAACUUCUCUAAGCUCCUGAGUAUUGCAUUCCAUAAUGUACAUAAGAACACCACACACACACACACACACAUACGAAAAGACUUAGACGCACUCACUUUUACACGCGUGUAUAUAUGGACAUGUAUGUGUGUGUUUAUAUAUAUGUAUGUAUAUAUAUGUG